UUUGCGCCUGCGCGAGCGCCGGCCCGCCCCCUCCGGCCCGGGUCGGUGAAGGUCUGCGCCUGCGCGGGCGCGGGCUCGCUCGCCGGCCGUCCUGCGGGCGGGCGGCUCGGGGCGUAGGGCCGGAGCUUGUGGCCAUGGGAAAUAGAGUUAUCAGAAUUGACUCCAGAAGAGAAAACCUGGCAGACCAGUAACAAUGGAAGAAAUUGGGAAAGUCACCAAAAAGCUGUCACCCCUCACACCACCAGGCUCAGCUGGCAUCUCAGACCUUCAUGAUCACCAGUGUCCAAAUUUUGAAAUCAGUGUCCAACUUUUGAAAUCAUUUGCAAAGAACGACAAAUUUAGCCAGGCACUGGUGCCUCAUGCCUGUAAUCCUAGCUCCUCAAGAGGCUGAGAUCUGGGAAUCAAAGCCAGCCCAGGUUAAAAAAAGUCCUUCAUGAAGAAAGAUCUUAAGCAACAUGAUGGAUUCAGAAGCUCAUGAGAAGAGGCCACCAAUUUUAACAUCUUCAAAACAAGAACUAUCACCUCACAUUGCAAAUGUUGGUGAAAUGAAGCAUUACUUCUGUGGUUGUUGUGCAGCUUUCAACAACGUAGCGGUCACAUUUCCCAUUCAGAAGCUCCUCUUUAGGCAGCAGCUGUAUGGAAUCAAAACCCGGGAUGCAGUGCUUCAGUUGAAGAAGGAUGGAUUUCGAAACUUGUAUCGUGGAAUCCUUCCCCCAUUAAUGCAGAAAACAACUACACUGGCCCUUAUGUUUGGUCUGUAUGAGGAUUUAUCUUGCCUUCUCCGAAAGCAUGUUAGUGCUCCUGAGUUUGCAACUCGUAGUGUGGCUGCAGUACUUGCAGGGACUACAGAAGCCAUUUUCACUCCAUUAGAAAGAGUUCAGACAUUGCUUCAAGACCACAAACAUCAUGACAAAUUCACAAACACAUAUCAGGCUUUCCGGGCACUGAAAUGCCAUGGGAUUGCAGAGUAUUAUCGAGGUUUGGUGCCUAUUCUUUUCCGUAAUGGAUGCAGCAAUGUCCUUUUUUUUGGCCUUCGGGGUCCCAUUAAGGAUCAUCUCCCUACUGCAACAACUCGCAGUGCUCAUUUGGUCAAUGACUUCAUCUGUGGAGGUCUUUUGGGUGCCGUGCUGGGGUUCUUGUUUUUCCCAGUUAAUGUUGUGAAAACUCGCAUACAGUCUCAGAUUGGUGGGGAAUUUCAGUCUUUCUCCAAGGUUUUCAAAACCAUCUGGCUAGAACGGGACAGAAAACUAGCAAAUCUUUUCAGAGGUGCACAUUUGAAUUAUCAUCGGUCCCUCAUCUCUUGGGGAAUAAUCAAUGCAACUUAUGAGUUCUUGUUGAAGGUUACAUGAGAAAAGUCAUCAGUGAAGUGCCACUUGUCAACUAAAUAGACCUAAGAAGAAUGUGGUUUGGUCUUAGUUCUAAUAGGCCUAAAUACAAGUUGAUGUUAAGUCCAUACUACAGUGAAUUAUGGGCAAUGAUGUUUUUGUUAAACAUCAACAAAGAAUAAGGGGAUUCAGUAGGAAAAUGUAAGGAUUUUUGUUUUGUUUUUAAUCAUUACCCAAGAGAUGUAAGCUAAUUGGCAAAAAGAUAUCUAUCUGAUUGCUUUUGAAAGGGUAAUUUAAUGGCCAAGAUAUGGUUCAUUUUUCUUCUGAAAUAGCUUUUAAGCCUUCCCUAUUGAAAUAUAAUGACCUUGAGCAGCCAGAGGAAAUGCUCUUAACACCUGUGACUUCUCAGGCUUCCUCAAGGUGUUACUCCAUUUCUUUGCUCUGAGGAAUACCUGCAGAAGGUUCAUUAAACUCAAAUAUGGUAGAACAGAGAAGAAAAACAGCUUAGUCUUAGGCCAUUUUGUGAUGAUUAUGUUGGUAUUAGUUAAGCACUUGUUCAGAUACUUAUCUAGACUGUUUUAAUUUGGUAGAAUCAACCAACUAAUAAAAGUUCCCAUUUUGCUAUCUAUCUAGCUUGAAAAGUUCUGCUUAAUUUUGUGCUAAGCCCUUCUAACAUAUCCUUGUGUUUAUUUUAUUGAUUUCAUUGCCAAAAGAUGGAAGGACUUACAUUUUUAUCUUAAGUGUUUCAUUCUGGUAAUAAGUUAAUUGUACAUAGAUCUUUCUCUGAUUAGUUUGGUUUUUUUGAAUUAUUUGUGCCAAGUUAGUAGAAGGCAUUCCCGUUCCCCCUCUUUUGUAGUCAUUUGUCUGAUUCAAGCAGCCUGUUCUCUUGAAACUGUACUUUUAAAAAAUGCUUCCAUAAAAUUUUAUUUUGGAAGUGUUAUUACAGUCCCAAGUUUUCUUUUUGCUUAGUUUCUAAAUGUUACAGGAGAGAAAGUAAAGCUCAGGACAGUUCUUCCC